GAUCUAUCUUCGUCCUCCCUGGCGGACCUCAUCAUCGCAGAGGACGAAGGUGAGCUUCCUUUGCAUCUUCUGCAGAGACGGCAGAUGCGAAGAGUCAAGGAAUACCGCGAGGCGAUGAGGGCCAGUGCUGCGGAGGAGUCGUCCAAAGCUCGCUGGCCUCCGCCACCCUUUGACUUCGAGGACCCCGGUGCCAAGUACAGUGCUUUCAUCGAGGAUAAUGAAGAGAGCAGACCACCGCCCCUAACGCCGAUGGUGGUCAAGGCCAAGCCCACGAGGAGGCGUUCCCUGGACCUCCAUUUCAACGCAGCCACCGGGCUGGCACUGGGAGGUGUGAGCACCCUUUCAUGCUGCUGCGAGCAUUUCUACCACCGCAUGACGGUUGGCUCAAGUGCAGUCUGCUUGUUGUUUGUCAAGAUUGCUCGCUUCCAAAGCCAUGUUGUUCCGGAUCCUGUUCAUGCUCGUGGGCAUCUGUGCUGCUGUCCGCCAGUCCCAGGUCGACAAGCAGGUCGAGAAGGUGACCGACGAGACCAACGAAGAGUGGGGUGCUGA